UUCAGGUUGUACCUUCGGAGCGGACUUCUACAAUCUUGAAGAUGAGUGGCAUCCGAACCUUGGUGAACCAUUUGGAGAAAUGGUGUGCGUCGUCUGCGAAUGCCGACCCGAGGUGACGGACGGAAUACUCUCGGGGAAGAUCUCAUGUCGUAACAUCAAAUGUCCUGACAUCACAUGUCCCAAUGACGAGGACCCAGUCAUCAAAGAUGGCUUCUGUUGUAAGACCUGUCCGUCAGAAGAUAUUGAUAAAGAAAAGCCCAUUCAAACCAACGGAUCGAGCGAGUCUCACCGGACAUACCCCGACGAUACGGCAUCUACAGAGGGUACAGAUGAUACUUUACAAGGCGAAGCUUUCGUAUCCAUUUUGUCUGGUCGUUUGACAUCGGCGAACACCAGAGCAGUUUCUCGAGGAUCGUUUCUUCUCAUGAACAACAAUCUCCACUUCACAAUGCAUGUAUCAAGACUUAGUACACCUCUUGAAGUUGUCUUCACAGGCGUACUCAAUACGACGCUUCACGUCCAUACCGUUCGCGAUGUCGAUUCAGAUACGAUUUGUGGAGAGUGGAGGAACGUUCCACAGAUUGUCUCACGUGAUCUGCGCAAUAGAAACAUUUUCGUCACACUGACCACCAGGUCACAUGAGCAUGGGGAGGUCAGAGGUCGCCUUAUCCCGCAUCGUGCACUGUCUACAGAAUCUUUCAGUGUUCUCUUGACGCCGAAGCGUCGCAAUGGUCCCAUCAAUGGGUCCUUAGGAAAGGGAGGAUUGGUCAUGCUGUCUUCCUCCAAAAAUGGUAACACCCUCAACUUUGCCGCUCUGCUCGAUGGACUGGUCGAGUCAGAACGGACAGAGGAUGUCAACCUCGUCAUCGAGAUCACGAGGAGAAACGAUGUCUUGAAGAGAAUCGAAGUCACUGUCGCAGUCGAGGCCAUCGACGUGGUGGAUGUGCUCGAAUCGAUUCCCAGCACAAUAAAGAAAGCGAUCACGAAGGGACAACUGAAGAUGAGGGUGACGGUUCAAGAGCAGGGUGACUUAGGAAUGCUGGUCGGCAGCAUCACACCCCUUCGAACAUGCAACAGCAUUCACGCUGUACUAUCUGGUAGUCAAGCUCUAGAGAGAUCAAAGACCACUGGAGCUAGUGGAUCUGCGGUAUUCACCCUGGAUGAUGAUGGGACAAUCAAUUACAUGGUUCGAUUGACUGGUCUACAAACAGAGGUCAGUGCCAUCACCAUCGAGAUGCCGAGCAAGAACAGACGGAAGAUCGUGGCUGAUAUCUUUGGAAACUAUAGGGAUGGACUGGCUCAGGGCAAGUGGCUACGACCCAAGCUCCGUGAUGUCCAGAUGUUUCUCCACGGUGAGCUAUAUGUGAAUGUAGCUACAGGCGCCUUCACCACCUCGGAGCUGCGUGGACGCAUCGUCCAACUUCCAUACCAGGGUCACAUCAGAAGGCAUGCAAAAAUGCCAAUCCAGAUGUCGGGGUCCCUCAUGGAUCCCGCUCAGGAGACUGGAGCAGCCGGUCAUGCUUGGCUCUUACUCGAUGAAGAAUGCUCCCUCAAUUACGAGAUCGCCGUGGUAGGACUAAACAGCCUCACUGAAGACGACAUCGGGACUGACAGCCCACCGACCACGCCUCACUUCUACGCUGAGAUCGGCGAGAUCGAAUCUGGGGAGAGCCGAGUUCGCUUAGUUCUAAACGCCUUUAGAGGAAACAGCGCCCGAGGUACGUUAACAGACGUGAAUCCUGGAUUAUUGGAGAGUAUGGACAGGGGACAAGCUUUUAUUCAGAUCAGUACCAAGAACCAUCGAGAAGGCGAAAUCAGAGGACAGAUCAUCCUGCCUAACACUUGUCAUGGUGCAUCCAAUGGUAACAACCUCGUCCCCGUCAACGAUCCCAUGCCCGCCAUUAACGUCGAUGACGACCCAAACUCGUGCUUCUUCGAAGGUCGAUAUCAUGCUCCGAUGUCGACCUGGUCACCGGACUACGACAGGAACUGCACCACAUGCACUUGCAAGAAAACUGUGACUAUCUGCGACCCUGUGAUUUGUCCAGAGCUGUCAUGUGACAACCCCGUCACAGCUCCUGGUGAGUGCUGUCCAUCGUGUCCGAAACCGGAAGAGCCGGAAGAGCCAGGCUGCCAUUUUAAGGGUGACAAAAAGGUACAUCGCGUCGGGACCCAAUGGCACCCGUACAUUCCCCCAUUCGGAUACACUAGAUGCGUGCUAUGUACUUGCAUGCCGGGUGGCAACCUAAACUGUUCAAGACUCGCCUGUCCGUCAUUGGAUUGUCCUAAACCAAUUCGACUAAACGCUAAUGAUUGCUGUCAAGUUUGUCCAGAACCAGAACCAACUACCCCACAACCACCAAUGGACGAUACAUUACUGCAGGCAGAUGAAGUAGAAAAAGGAUGUUCCUUCCUCGGUGAAUUUUAUAGAAAUGGCGCUGAAUGGCACCCUCUUGUGUCACCAUUUGGUACAAUGAGCUGCGUCAGAUGUAGAUGUCGGAAUGGUCAGGCGAAAUGCAAGGGAAGAACCUGUCCUCAGCUUAGUUGUAAAGAAUCAAUCAGAACUAAAGGCGAAUGCUGCCCAAGAUGUAAAGAAGACAUGUUAACAGUGCCCACAACAUUACCAACAAUAUUAGAGAUUUCUGCGGAGAAGAAAUCACGGAGGAAAGAAAAACUGUCAUAGGGAAGCGCCCAUUUUCACCCACGAACCCUUAGAUAGCCCCAUAUCCACCUUCAAAAAGAGACAUUUUGAGAUCAUUUUGUUGUGGAUGUGCCACACCUUUCCUGAGAUGCAGGGGUUGAAGAACAGAAAGGGACAUUCAAAAGAUGAUGACUAUUGAUUGGAGUCCCUAACCGCCUGAUUGUGAGAUCACCAAAGAUGGUGUGAAGAUGAUGCCGACAUCCUCAAUGUCAGAGGAAUGGAAGGGGUCAGCUGUUGCAAGUUUAACGGACAAAUGUAACCCGGAUGCAGCAGUUGAAUGAUCACGUGAUAUUGAAAAGGUGGAGACGACUGACAAAAAAAACUACACUUAUGAUAGUGUUUGCCUCAUGGGACAGAGAUUGGGUACUGAACUUUCAAAUUGAUGCAGAAAAAA